GUGUUUGUUGACUACCUAAUAAAAGCUAGGACCUUAAAGAUACAGAGGGAAGUUGAACAGGACCUGGCUUCUGAUCUGCUCAAGUCUAGGUAGGGAGGCAAGGUGUGAAUUGGGGAAGAAGCCACUAACCAUGGUGACAUGCAGCAGUUUGAGCCUUCAUCAACCAUUGGAAUCACCUGAGGAAUCUUGUUUAAAAUACAGAUUCCCAGGUCUCACACCAGACCUACUCCUGUGUGGGGUGGGGCUGGGAAGUUACUGCAUGGCUACAGUGUCCUAAGGAGGGCAGGCUUUACCAGUGGGCUCGUUGGAGCUGCAUCUCGAAGGAUGGGUAUGAUUUGGGUGUGUGGAGAGGCAGAGGAGUCACAGUCUUGGUUGACUUAAGGAGUGUAUUUGGUUGGGUUUGAAGAAAUGGCAUGUGCAAAGUUUUGGGAGUUGGGGUAGGAAAGGCAUUUUUGAAAGAGUGAGUGGAAUGGUCAGACUGGAACACUGGGUUUGCAUGCGAAUUGUGAGAAGGAAGAUUAGAAGGAAUGGUCUUUGUAGGCUACAGAACCUGCUGGAGUGCUCCCUCCGCCUCCUCCCAGCUUCUUCCCUCUUUUCUACUUUUCCACUUCUUCCUUGCCUCCCAACCCCCACUUACCUGCAACAUCUCAUUCCAUCCUUUAUAUUGCUAUUAUUGAGUGGAUAUUAUUUUUCCUAGUAUUUGGAUGAGAAAACCUGAGGCUCUGGCCAUGGUUACAUAGCGUGUAAGGGUCUGUUCUGAGUCCAGUAAUCAUCCUGCUGACCACUGAGGAUUCUUGAAUGUGGGCAAGAAGCUGGCCUGGGCUUGGGGGGGUUGUUGGAUUAGCAGGGUGGCUGACUGAAUCGUUCCAGGCAAGAUGAGUUCGGUGGUUGAGAGCAUAGCCUUGAGUCACAUAGUUUGGGUUCAAAUCCCAGCUUCUUCAUUACUUGCUAACUGCGUGACCCUGGGCAAGUUGCUUGAUCUUACUAAGCCUCAGUCUUCUCACCUGUAACAUGGGAGCAAUAACACUCACCUCAUGGGGUUCUUAUGAGGAUCAAUGAGGUGUACCUGGCACAGAGCAAUUGCUCACCACCUGGAAGCAAUUGUAAUUAGCCUUCUGUAAUUAGUCUCUGGGCCGUGGCUGUGCACCUGCAUCUCAUUCUUCAGCACAUCGGUUUCCAGGACACAGCCCGUCCUGGCUGAGCUUGUUUUAUUAAGGAUGACAUUAGAGGUGCUGGAGGUUUGCCACCGGUGGCAGCGACGUGGCUGUACCCCAGGCUCAUCCACUGGGGCCCCUCCAUGAGCCUGCCAGUGCCCUGAUGGAGCCCCAGCCUUGCCCUCGAAGCGUGGCUGAGGGCUUCCUGGAGGAGGAGCUGCGGCUCAAUGCUGAACUGAACCAGCUGCAGUUCUCAGAGCCUGUGGGCAUCAUCUACAAUCCUGUGGAGUAUGCGUGGGAGCCCCACCGCAGCUAUGUGACCCGCUACUGCCAAGGCCCCAAGGAAGUGCUCUUCCUGGGCAUGAACCCCGGGCCCUUUGGCAUGGCCCAGACUGGGGUGCCCUUUGGGGAAGUGAGCAUAGUCCGGGACUGGUUGGGCAUUGGGGGACCUGUGUUGACCCCACCCCAAGAGCACCCGAAGCGACCAGUGCUGGGACUGGAGUGCCCUCAGUCAGAGGUGAGCGGUGCCCGGUUCUGGGGCUUUUUCCGGAACCUCUGUGGACAGCCCGAGGACUUCUUCCGUCACUGUUUUGUCCACAAUCUGUGUCCUUUGCUCUUCUUGGCUCCCAGUGGGCGCAACCUCACUCCCACCGAGCUACCUGCCAGGCAGCGAGAACAGCUUCUUAGGGCCUGUGACGCGGCCCUCUGCAGGCAGGUGCAGCUGCUGGGAGUGCGGCUGGUGGUGGGAGUGGGGCGCCUGGCGGAGCAGCGGGCACGGCGGGCUCUGGCAGGCCUGACGCCUGAGGUCCAGGUGGAGGGGCUCCUGCACCCCUCACCUCGGAGCCCACAGGCCAACAGGGGCUGGGAGGCAGCGGCCAAGGAGAGACUGAAUGAGCUGGGGCUGCUGCCGCUGCUAACAAAAUGAGGCCCUCUGUGGCCUGGCACAGGACAUGUUCAAGGCCCCCAAGUCAUUCCGGGGCAAGCAGAGGACUACGCCCCCUGGCCUGGAGCCACAGGGUCCUUCGGGGCUCCCUGGUUGCUGGGACCUGCCGUGGCAGGUCUGACACUACUCCCGCUUGCUGCAUUUUUCACCUUCCUUUGAGCACUGCCCCUGCUCCUGUGGUAGCUAACUCCACAGAGACGUGGCGUCUGCAAACUGCGCUACCUCACUGUUGGCGCCGGAGCCUCUGCUCAGUUGAGAGGGGCCCAAACUGUGACUUCUGGGGCCGUAUUUGCUGUGUGAGAGGAAAGAUCCUGCCAGGCUCCCCAGCCAUCCUCCUAGAACAGCUUCCUUCAAGCUGAGCCUUUUCCUCACAGGGACCAGGACAAAGCGAGGCAUGUGGAUGUUAAGAGUGAACUUCUUAUGGGAGACUGAGGCUGGAUCAGAGAAAGAAUUCAGUGUGGCAGAGUGGGGAAGACCCAAAGACCUGGCUUUCUUCAUCUCCGCUUGAGACUUCAUGGCUUUGUGAACAUUAUGACUUUGGACAAAUUUGAUGAACCUCUCCAAGCCUCAGGAUCCUCAUCUGUAAAACGGGGGUCCCUACCUCAUGGGGUUGGUGUGGGGAUUAAGUGAGAUCACGCUUGAAAGUGCCUUGUGUCAUGCCUGGCAGGUGGGUGCUCCUUAUACUUCUUGCUUUUUUGCCUCUUGAUUGGGGCAUCACUGUACCACACUACAGAGGGAGCGCCACCACUCCCAGGACCUUGCUGGGUGAGAGGCAGAUCCUUGCCCUGCCAGAGGUGGACCAAUAAUUUUAUGAAAAAUGCAGCCCUGUGAUUUUUCAGUCCAAGCAUUAAAAACUCCUAAACUGGGGUGUAUAGGUGGCUCAGUCGCUUAAGCGCCUGCCUUUGGCGCAGGUCAUGAUCUCUCAGGUUCCCCACUCAGCGGGGAGUCUGCUGCUCCCUCUCCGUUUCCCUCUGCCCCUC